GCGACUGCGGCCGGGCUGCCCCCGUUCCUCACCGUGGAGUUUUCGCGCCCGGCGGACUCGAUCGAGGCGCUGGCAGAGGCGAUGUCCAUGUUCGGGGGCGUGCAGAUCCUGUGCCAACCGCUUGUCGAGAGGGCCGGCGGCAUCUGCAGGAAGCCGGGCAGCGGCUGCUACUACGCGGAACGCGGCGGGGACGAUCAUUUGCUGGUCCGCGUGCACUUCCCGUCAAGGCACACGUACCGCCGGGCCACGACAGUGAGCGUGCAGGUACGGGAGGCCACGAAGGUCGUGACGGCCAAAGGGAUCAGACAGAACUUCGUCAAGUUCGCGCAGGCGUGA